UUAUAUCGAUUUGCGUCUGUCAAAAUAAAACUUUGACCUGAAUUUUGCUCUAUUUUCGCAAUUGGAAAAUCUGGAAAAAAAUACUGAAACUAAAAAUCUCUUCAAACGUUAAUAAUUACCGACAAUUCAAUGGCUUCUAUGGAUCAACCACCUCCGCUAACAUUGGCAAGAGAUGUUAAGCGAUCAAUUGAACUUCUCGAAAAACUACAAAUGAGCGGCGAAAUCCCGGCUACCAAACUGGCAGCAUUGCAGAAAGUGCUUCAGUCGGAUUUCUUGAAUGCAGUCAGAGAAGUGUACGAACAUGUCUACGAAACGGUCGACAUUCAACAGGGAUCUCAAGAUGUAAGGGCGUCGGCCACUGCUAAAGCUACUGUUGCUGCAUUUGCUGCUAGUGAAGGACAUGCUCAUCCAAGAGUUGUCGAACUGCCAAAAACUGACGAAGGUCUCGGAUUCAACGUGAUGGGUGGUAAAGAGCAAAAUUCUCCGAUUUACAUAUCCAGAAUCAUACCAGGCGGAGUUGCUGAUCGUCAUGGAGGUCUAAAACGCGGCGAUCAAUUGUUGUCCGUAAAUGGAGUGUCGGUUGAUGGCGAAAAUCAUGAAAAAGCUGUCGAACUCCUGAAACAAGCCAUUGGUUCGGUGAAAUUGGUGGUACGAUACACGCCUAAAGUUCUGGAGGAAAUGGAACUGCGAUUUGACAAGCAGCGAGCAGCUCGUAGACGUCAACAAUUCCAAUAGAAUUCCCAAAGUCACAAAUUAUGCUCUCCAGGAGAGAUGAUCACACCACUAUUCACCUCUGUGUCUGUUCAUCGUUUAUUAUUUAUAUUAUAAAAUUGCAUUAUAUUUUUAUGUUGACCAAUAGGUCAGUGUGUCGUCCACCAAAACAGUCAUUAAAAGAAAGAGAAUUUAUGAAAACUAAAAUU